AUGCGAGUUCUAAGACCCCCUGAAUUCUCCGGGGACCCCUGCCGGCUCUCCUGGCCUGUUCGGUCUCCGGAUCCUCGGUCUUCGGUGAGUGCCCGGCCCCUGACCACCCGCUGUGAUGCCCUGCACAUCGGGAGGGCUCAGCGUCCUGCCUCUGAGAGGUUGUUCGGGACCAGGUCCCGAGGGCAGGGUGCUGGGGUGGCAGCACUCUCCCUGCCUGCCUCCCUGACCAGCCAACACUUCCUCAUCCUUAGUGCCCAGCCCGCCGUGCCCAAGGCCGGAGCCGUGGUCCCCAAGCCCACAGCGCUUCCCAGCAGCCGGGGCGAGUAUGUGGUGGCCAAGCUGGACGACCUCAUCAACUGGGCCCGCCGGCCCCCCACCGACCCCCGCCCUCUCUUCCAGGUGUACGACCAGAUGCCGGAGCCCCGCUAUGUGGUGUCCAUGGGGAGCUGUGCCAACGGUGGAGGGUACUAUCACUACUCGUACUCUGUGGUGAGGGGCUGCGACCGCAUCGUGCCUGUCGACAUCUACGUCCCAGGCUGCCCGCCCACAGCCGAGGCGCUGCUCUACGGCAUCCUGCAGCUGCAGAGGAAGAUCAAGCGCGAGAAGAGGCUCAGCAUCUGGUACCGCAGAUAGCGCUGCCGCGUCGCCCGCACCGCCGCACUGUCCUGAGGGUGCCAAUAAACCCUGCCUGCCGCCCGCUCGCCCGCCCGCCAG